CGACUGGUAAGCACAGAAAACCGCCAUAAGAGCGCCACCACCACUGCCACCAGUUCGAACCUCAGCUUCCGAUGGCAAUGGCCUCCACAUCGCUCGCAUCUCAACUGUCUGGCCCUAAAUCCGCCACUUCCUACUGCCCUCAGUUCUCUGGACUUCGUCGAUCUUCAUCGAAGCUCGAAAACUCUCUUUCUCUCUCUUCCACUCAGUCUUUCUUCCAAAUCGUCGACUCUCACCUCCGUCUUUCAUCUUCAAGAAGAGGUUCCAGGGGCGUAGUCACCAUGGCCGGUUCCGGAAAGUUCUUUGUCGGUGGCAACUGGAAGUGUAAUGGAACCAAAGACUCAAUUAGCAAGCUUGUAUUGGACUUGAACAGUGCCAAGUUAGAGACUGAUGUUGAUGUCAUUGUAGCUCCUCCCUUUGUUUACAUUGAACAAGUCAAGAAUUCAUUAACAGAUAGGAUUGAUAUAGCUGCUCAAAAUUCAUGGACAGGAAAAGGUGGGGCUUUUACCGGAGAAAUCAGUGUGGAACAGUUGAAGGAUAUUGGAUGCAAGUGGGUUAUUCUUGGACAUUCUGAACGGAGACAUGUAAUUGGAGAAGAUGACCAGUUUAUAGGAAAGAAGGCUGCUUACGCCUUGAGCCAGGAUCUGGGAGUAAUAGCCUGCAUUGGAGAGCUGUUACAAGAAAGAGAAGCAGGCAAAACCUUUGACGUUUGUUUUCAGCAAAUGAAGGCUUUUGCAGAUGCUGUACCCAGUUGGGAUAAUGUCGUCAUUGCAUAUGAGCCGGUAUGGGCAAUUGGAACUGGUAAAGUGGCCACACCAGAGCAGGCUCAGGAAGUUCAUGUAGCAGUUCGUGAUUGGCUUAAAAAGAAUGUUUCUGCAGAUGUUGCGUCAAAGACACGGAUUAUCUACGGAGGAUCUGUAAAUGGGGGCAACUGUGCUGAACUUGCAAAACAAGAAGAUAUUGAUGGAUUCCUUGUCGGCGGUGCUUCCUUAAAGGGUCCUGAGUUUGCAACCAUUAUUAAUUCUGUGACCUCAAAGAAGGUUGCUGCUUGAUAACUUGUGGUGGUUUAGGCCUGGGGCAAAUAAAUGGCUCUGAGAAUCACGCCCAGGGGGAAGCAAUCGGCAGAUGAGCCAGUUCGAUUUGGUGGGAUUUUUGAUCAGUUUCCCUUUCCCCUACGUUAUACAUGAAAAACAUCACUACAUGUUCUUGGAUUGAUUGCUCCAUCUAUUUGAAUGACAAUGGCUGAAAUAAAAUACUUGUUGAGUUCAAUUGAUGUACGGCGAUUAAUUAUAGCACUUGGUUAAAUUCCUUGUUAGAAUAUCUUAAACUAAUUUCAGGUCUCAAGUGGACAAUUAUCUUGGCCUAUGAAAUCCUAUAGUUCUUUGUUGGUUCCCAAUUGUAUGGGCCACACACACACAGGGAGAGAGUGACUCCUAUUGAUGGUGUGCAGUCUAUUGAUCAUCUUUACGCAUUCAAGCUUAUUAACUGGGGAGUGGUGCAAUUUUUGGGUUCAACUGGGGGAACCCAAAAAUUCCUCCCAACUGGG